AUGGAUCCUAAAUUAAUUCGAAAUAUUCCUGAUUCCAGCACUAUUUCCAAGGAUGAACAGUAUGUACAAACAAUUGACAACAAACGCAUACUGUUACCAAGACCUUUAUCACUUAGUCUUCUUCGAAAUGAUCGCUCAGCAUUGACAACUAAUGAAUGGACUCUUCUUUCAAAUUUUCUUCAUGCAUUUGAUCAGCAAAAUGCUUUCACAAGAAUUCAGUAUUCUCUUGCUGAAUUAUCUUCGUUACCACCUAAAUUACGUUUGAAAUUAUCUGAAGUCACAAAUGUUCUUCGUGAGCUUUUUAGCAAUGUUGGACCAAUUAUUGAACGUUCACCAGAUUUUCAUUCUUUACCUGUUGAUACUCGUCAACUUCUUAUUAACCAUAAUUUGUUCGUUACUGGUGCAGUAAAUGCAUUUUUUUUAUGUCGUGAAGUAGAUAUAUUUCAUAAUAUGACCGCUUUCAAUGCCAGCAAUCAACUGUAUGGAUCUGAAUUGAUCGCAGAAUGUCGUCGAAAUAUUGCACAAUAUGAUUCAAAUGGAAGUCUUAUUAAAAUCUUUAUAUUCAUAUUAGCUUUUUCAAGUAGUUGCUCAAUUGUUAAAUAUGAUAAUCAAGUAAAUAUUACAAUUAUGUCAAGCUCUAUCAAUCUUGUUCGUAUUCAAAAUGUAUAUGCGACAAUGUUGUGGAAAUAUUUAGUUUAUCUAUAUGGAUUUAAAGAAGCAGUACCUAGAUUUACUCGUCUUGUAAAGAAUGUUCUAGACUUAAUUCGUAUAUUAACCUGGAUCACUCCAAAUGAAACUCGUGACCUUGUAGUUGAUUCAAUUGUAACAGAAACAGGGCGUGCAUUGGUGAUAGCUGACUGA